CGAGCGCUCCGCUCCGCGUCGCGCAGGCACCGGGCCGGGCCCCACGGGAGGGCGCCGGCUGCGAGCGGCCGCUGGGUCCCGCUUCCCUCCUUCCCCUCCCUCCUCCUCCUCUCUGCGCUUUCCACCGCUCCCGAGUGACCGCAGCCUCGGAUGUCCGGUUUCCUGGUGGGUUUUUUACCUGGCAAAGUCCGGAUAACUUCGGUGGGAAUUUGCAAAGAGGCUGGGAGAGCUGGGAGCUCCCCUGCAGGCGUCCGGGAGCUGCUGCCGCCGCCGCAUCUUCUCCAUCCCGCGGAUUUUACUGCCUUGGAUAUUGCGAGGGGUGGGAGGGGGGUGAGGACAGCGAAAGAAGGGGGGGGGGGGAAGAAAAGGAAAAGAAGGAGCCUCGGAAUUGUGCCCGCAUUCCUGCGGCUGCCCCGAGGUCCCGCUCCGCCCUGCCAUCUCUGCACAAUGCACUUGCUGGAGAUGCUCUCCCUGGGCUGCUGCCUCGCUGCUGGCGCCGUGCUCCUGGGACCCCGGCAGCCGCCCGUCGCCGCCGCCUACGAGUCCGGGCACGGCUACUACGAGGAGGAGCCCGGUGCCGGGGAGCCCAAGGCUCAUGCAAGCAAAGACCUGGAAGAGCAGUUGCGAUCUGUGUCCAGUGUGGAUGAACUCAUGACAGUACUUUACCCAGAAUACUGGAAAAUGUUCAAAUGUCAGUUGAGGAAAGGAGGUUGGCAACACAACAGGGAACACUCCAGCUCUGACACAAGAUCAGAUGAUUCACUGAAAUUUGCUGCAGCACACUAUAAUGCAGAGAUCCUGAAAAGUAUUGAUACUGAAUGGAGAAAAACUCAGUGCAUGCCACGUGAAGUGUGUGUGGAUGUGGGGAAAGAGUUUGGAGCAACUACAAACACCUUCUUUAAACCCCCGUGUGUAUCCAUCUACAGAUGUGGAGGUUGCUGCAAUAGUGAAGGACUCCAGUGUAUGAAUAUCAGCACAAAUUACAUCAGCAAGACAUUGUUUGAGAUUACAGUGCCUCUCUCUCAUGGCCCCAAACCUGUAACUGUCAGUUUUGCCAAUCACACAUCCUGCCGAUGCAUGUCUAAGUUGGAUGUUUACAGACAAGUUCAUUCUAUCAUAAGACGUUCCUUGCCAGCAACACAAACUCAGUGUCAUGUGGCAAACAAGACCUGUCCAAAAAAUCACAUCUGGAAUGAUCAAAUUUGCAGAUGCUUGGCACAGCAUGAUUUUGGUUUCUCUUCUCACCUUGGAGAGUCUGACACGUCUGAAGGAUUCCAUAUUUGUGGGCCCAACAAAGAGCUGGAUGAAGAAACCUGUCAGUGCAUCUGCAAAGGAGGUGUCCGGCCCUCAAGCUGUGGCCCUCACAAAGAAUUAGACAGGGCAUCAUGUCAGUGCAUGUGCAAAAACAAACUGCUCCCUGCUUCCUGCGGGCCCAACAAAGAAUUUGAUGAAGAAAAGUGCCAGUGUGUAUGUAAAAAGACCUGUCCCAAACAUCAGCCACUAAAUACUGCAAAAUGCAUCUGUGAAUGUAUAGAAUCUCCCAAUAAAUGCUUCUUAAAAGGAAAAAGAUUUCAUCACCAGACAUGCAGUUGUUACAGACCGCCAUGUACAGUCCGAACGAAACGCUGCGAUGCUGGAUUUUAUUUUAGUGAAGAAGUGUGCCGCUGUGUACCCACAUAUUGGAAAAGACCACUUAUGAAUUAGCGAAGAAAGCACUGCUUGCUAUUUUGGUGUACAUUUUUUCCAUUAGAACAAAAGAACAACAUAAACUUUGCAAAUACUUGGAAUUAAAUGUUCACCAGAGACCCUGUGGGGCUUUCAGAGACAGAUGCAUUGUGCUUUUCUCAAGAUGUGGAAAGCAAAUGUAAAACAUAACUGGGGUUCAUGUUUUAUAAAGGACUCAGUAAGGACUUAUUUUUUGCCAAUGACCAAACAGCCUAGGUUCUACUUCUUGUGAUUUUUUUAAAGAGAUAAUGACUAUAUAAUUUAUUUCCACUAAAACCAUUGUGCAGCAUUUGUUUAUAGCAGUAACAAUUGUUAAAGCUCACUGUGAUCAAUAUUUUUAUAUCAUGCAAAGUAUGUUUAAAAUAAAAUGGAAAUUGUAUUAUAUAACAAUGA